UCCUUUCUUUACGUCCUUGUUGUGUUUGACGUCAUCAAAGCGCGCCACAGUUUAACGCAAAACAAACGCCAGCGACGGUUGAGUCUGCUACUUUUGUGUCUAUCAGAGUCUGAUUGGACGAGAGAGGUCACAUGGCAGGAUCUGCUGUCGCCAGCGGGCGAGACCGACCUGCAUCCAAGACCAGCUUCAUCACUGAGAUACAGGGCAUGAUGUUUACUCUGGGAGACGUUCGUCGACCCCUGCAUGAGACAGCAGCCUUGGUGGAGGACAUUGUCCACACACAGCUCAUCACCAUGCUCCAUCAGGCCAGCGAGAGGGCCACGCUACGCGGGUCAAGGGUCAUCGCAGUGGAGGACAUCUUGUUCCUGAUGAGAAGAGACAAGAAAAAGAUGUCCCGGCUGCUGAAGUAUCUUCAGUUCAAAGAUUACAAAUCCAAACUUCUGAAGACGCUGGAGGACGAGGACACACAGCAGGACUCAGGCGCCUCGGGCACUGUUGCCGGGGGUAACCAGCGGAGGCAGCGCCUGGCCCAGGACUACCUGAUGUGGCUGGACCACACGGGCGAGCUUCUGUCGCUGACCGAGAGAACGGACAUGGACCCUGUCAAGCAGGAGAGACUGGAGCGUAUGGAGCGUCACAGUCGAGCAAUGGACCAGACGCAGUACUCUGAAUUCUGUGAGAGUCGACAGCUCAGCUUUGCCAAGAAAGCGCCCAAGUUUCGGGACUGGCUGGACUGCAGCAGCCUGGAGCUCAAACCAAACAGCGUUGCCAUGGAGAUCAUGUCCUACCUGGCCUACGAGACUGUCGCCCAGAUUGUGGAUUUGUCUCUGCUGGUGAAGCAGGAAAUGGUGGCAAAGACCAACCCCGUCAGUCAUGUGAUCUCCGUCAGUCACAUCAACUAUGACACACACUCUGAGGUCAAGAAGGAAACAGACUCCCCUGAAGCCACGCCCCCUUCAACCCCAGGGUCCUCCAAGCCCCUCCUCCAAGGAAAUGGCAGCGUGGACGGUCGAGCACGACAGAGGAAACGCAAGAAGAGCUGUCCUGCCACUGUGGAAGUUCCCACUGGAGCCAUCACAGCCAGUCAUGUGCGAGAGGCCAUGAGGAGAUACAACUACAGACACAUGAGCUCCCACAGGAGGAGUGGGAUGAUCUUCCUGGCCUGCUGAUGCUACUUUGAGACUUCUUCAGUCGUGGUGUUGCUCAAAUAAACUUUAUUGAUCACUAACACACAAACACGUUGACAUGACCUCCAUCACACGGCGGCGGGACUUGUAUGAGAAAAGGAUGUGAUUGGUCGCCAGCUCCAGGUGUUCCUCAGCACUUCUGAGCACUGUUAAUCAUCAGGGCGUCUCUCUCCAUGACUAUUUCUCCGUAUCGCUGCUGGAGCUCUCGUUCUCGCUCCAUCUGACGCUCCACAUCUUCUCGCAACGCCUUAAAAAAAACAAACUGUUUAAUAGACAUGCUUUUAUUUUGAAGUAUUCCAGUUAGAGCGACUGACCUCAAGUCUUCUGGGAAUAGCAAGAUCUUCUUGCUUCUUCAACUGACUGAAGGUCUGCUGCUCUGUGGCUCUCUGCUCCACCUAGUGGACACAACAUGAUAUCCUUUUAUCAGCCAGCUCUAAUAUGAGCGAUACUACAAUGAUUAGAGCAGUGGUUCUUAACCUUGUUGGAGGUACCGAACCCCACCAGUUUCAUAUGCGCAUUCACCGAACCCUUCUUUAGUGAAAAAUAUAUAUAUAUUUUUCAAAUUCAAGACAAAAUUAUAUGUUUUUUUACCGGUGCACAGAAUGAACCGUGCAUGAACAUCACCUUGUUCAAAGAACAAACUCACAACUAAUGACACACCUGCAAAUCAGUGUGACUUCUGCUGUUGCCGUAUCCAUAAUAAGCUGAUAGGGAGAAGUUUUUAUUUACACGAUGAGUCGGGUGUGUCUCGACCUCCGCCGAACCCCUGAGGCCGACUCACAGAACCCCUAAGGCUUGAUUGAACCCAGGUUAAAGAACCACUGGAUUAGAUGAUUUGUCACAUUCAGGGAAUCAUUUUCUGGACACAAAAAGCUAAGUAUUUAAAAGAAGUAAAUAUACAUUUUUACUUUAGUUGAGUUAUUUAGUAUAUUGAUUAAACAUGUAUAAUGUGAUGUGUAAAAUAGAACUACUUCACAUUCACAACUAUAAGGCGCAACUUUUCAGCUGUGGCUAAUUUAUGGACUUCUUUUCGCUGACGGCCAUAUUGCAAACACUUUAGAAAAAUAAGCUAAGAGACUGAAAUGGUGUGCUAAGGUGUCAUCUUUUUGACCAGUUGUGUUCUUCUUUUUUGAGCUUUGAACUGGAAGUAGAAGUGCUGAUUCAUCUUCUAGCCAUCCAUAGCGCUUCUACUUGUAAGGAUUCUUCAUUCAAGCAAGGUUUGUAAGUUUUACAAUAUAACUAAAACAAUUCUUACUUAUUAAAGUGUCCCAUGUGUGGCGUGUGUAGGAGUGUUUCAUGCAUAUUUGUACGUGCUAUCGUAAUGUAAUCACGCUAACAGGUUUACGAGUGUCUGUGUUAGUAUUAUUAACUUGCAGUGGCAUCCUUUUUGUAUUGUUUCAUUAAAUCACCAAAACUUUACAGUG